AUGCGAAGCGUCAUUGCCGUUUCCCCCAUGGCAGCUCUGCUGGCCACCCUCUUCCUGCUGCUGCGUGUCGCCUCUGCCGUGCCAGUGACCACCGAGCUAGUCCCCAUUGCUGCCCCCGAGGGUAACGAGCUUGCAGCCCGUGCGCCCACUGCGAAGCCCGUGAUCUCCGUUAAGUUCUUCAACGACAAGAUCAAGGAGCAGAAGAUCACCAAGGACAAGACUUGCUUGUUCUACUACCGCCUGAACAAGGAGAAGGGUGAGACCACCGCGCGUCAAUGGUAUAAGGAUCACGCGCCUAAGAGCGGUGGCUUCCUCGGCCUCGGCCAGAAGGUCAAGGACCCCGUCACCUACAACGACGUCAACAACAAGAUGUACACUUACCGCAUGGAUCUGCCCUCGAAGGUCCCCAGGCCCACCACCAUGAACAGUGACAGUUCCGCCCCCAAGGAGAUCAAGGCCGACUGGCUCGGUGGCGGCCUUAUCUCGCAGGCCCUGGCUGAGAGCUGCGAGGGUGACGUCUACUUCUUCACUGGCGCAAACGAGCAGUGGUGGGACCAGUACCCCUACAGCAACGCGGACACCAACUUCUGGUGGGACUUCGAAUGGCCCGCUCUCCUGAAGAACAGCAAGGUUAAGAACGUCUAUCUGGUCGACCCUGCUACCGCUACCGAGAUCCCCACCACUCCCCUGUACAAGAAGGGCACCACCCCCGACCACGUUCCCGACAAGAACCGUCCCCUUGGCACCGGCUGGGAGUACGACACCGGCAAGACCCAACAGCAGCCUGCUCCCAAGCCCACCACUACCAAGGCUGCCGAGCCCACCAAGACCAACGCCCCUGCGCCUACCAAGACCAAGGGCAGCACCACCGGUGGCAAGGGUGGAAAGGGCGGAAAGGGCGGAAAGGGCGGAAAGGGCGGCAAGAAGAUCUAA